GCCCGGAGGUUGUGCUACCGAGCACAGCCUUCCCACUGGGAACACACUCUCGCCAGCGGGAAGAAUCCAGGAAGAAACCCUGGGAUCUCGGAUCGGGAUCCUCCAACGAGGAGCAGGGUAACCUUCGUGUCUGUGCCCCUCGGCUGCAGCAAUGCCUCCUCAGCUGUCCAACGGCCUGAACUUCUCGGCCAAGGUCAUCCAGGGCACCCUCGACAGCCUGCCUGUCGCAGUGAGGGAGUUCGUGGAGAGCAGUGCUGCCCUGUGCCAGCCCGACCGCAUCCACAUCUGCGAUGGGUCCGAGGAGGAGAACCAGCAGCUCCUGGACCACAUGGAAGAGCAGGGCAUCAUCAGGCGGCUGAGCAAGUACGACAACUGCUGGCUGGCUCUCACUGACCCCAGGGAUGUGGCCAGGAUUGAAAGCAAGACAGUCAUCAUCACCCAAGAGCAGAGGGACACGGUGCCCAUCCCCCGGGCGGGCCUGAGCCAACUGGGGCGCUGGAUGUCGGAGGAGGACUUCGAGAAAGCGUUCAGUCUCAGAUUCCCAGGGUGCAUGAAAGGCCGCACCAUGUACGUCAUCCCGUUCAGCAUGGGGCCGCUGGGCUCGCCGCUGUCCAAGAUAGGCAUCGAGCUGACGGACUCGCCCUACGUGGUGACCAGCAUGCGGAUCAUGACGCGAAUGGGCGCCCCCGUCCUGGAAGCCCUGGGCGACGGGGAAUUUGUCAAGUGCCUCCAUUCUGUGGGGUGCCCUUUGCCUUUAAAAAAGCCCCUGGUCAACAACUGGGCCUGCAACCCAGAGCUGACGCUCAUCGCCCACCUGCCCGACCGCAGAGAGAUCAUCUCCUUCGGAAGCGGGUACGGCGGGAACUCACUGCUCGGGAAGAAGUGCUUUGCGCUCCGGAUGGCCAGCCGGCUGGCCAAAGAGGAAGGGUGGCUGGCAGAGCACAUGCUGAUCCUGGGGAUCACCAACCCCGAGGGGGAGAAGAAGUACCUGGCAGCUGCGUUUCCCAGUGCCUGUGGGAAGACCAACCUGGCCAUGAUGAACCCCACCCUCCCUGGCUGGAAGAUCGAGUGUGUCGGGGAUGACAUCGCCUGGAUGAAGUUCGAUGAGCAAGGUAACUUAAGGGCUAUCAACCCAGAAAAUGGUUUUUUUGGUGUUGCUCCUGGGACCUCUGUGAAGACAAACCCUAACGCCAUUCAGACCAUCCAGAAGAACACCAUCUUCACCAACGUGGCCGAGACCAGCGAUGGGGGUGUUUACUGGGAAGGCAUUGACGAGCCGCUGGCCCCGGGCGUCACCAUCACUUCCUGGAAGAACAAGGAGUGGAGUCCGGAAGACAAGGAACCGUGCGCCCACCCCAACUCGCGGUUCUGCACCCCUGCCAGCCAGUGCCCGAUCAUUGACGCUGCCUGGGAGUCCCCGGAAGGUGUGCCCAUCGAGGGCAUCAUCUUCGGAGGCCGCAGACCUGCAGGCGUUCCUCUGGUCUAUGAAGCCCUCAACUGGCAGCACGGUGUGUUCGUGGGGGCAGCCAUGAGAUCAGAGGCCACAGCAGCUGCGGAACACAGAGGCAAAGUCAUCAUGCAUGACCCCUUUGCCAUGCGGCCCUUCUUUGGCUACAACUUUGGCAAAUACCUGGCCCACUGGCUGAGCAUGGCCCAGCGCCCUGCAGCCAAGCUGCCCAAGAUCUUCCAUGUCAACUGGUUCCGGAAGGACAAGGAAGGCAAAUUCCUCUGGCCGGGUUUUGGAGAGAACUCCAGGGUGUUGGAGUGGAUGUUCAACCGGAUCAAUGGUGAAGACAGCGCCAUGCUCACACCCAUAGGCUACGUCCCUAAGGAGGACGCCCUGAAUCUGAAGGGCCUGGGGGACGUCAAUGUGAAGGAGCUCUUCAGCAUCUCCAAGGAGUUCUGGGAGGAGGAGGUGGAGGAGAUCGAGAGGUACCUGGAGGAUCAGGUCAAUGCCGACCUCCCCUAUGAGAUCGAGAGGGAGGUGCUCGCCCUGAAGCAAAGAAUAAGCCAGAUGUAACCAGAGCCUGAGAACACCACCCCUGUGAUCACCCAUCACCGCUUUUCCAAUCCUUAAGAUGCAGAGGAGCGAGAAAAGGCGAGUGUCCCCAAAUCCACCCCACUGCCAGCAUGCUCACAGCCACGCGGACCACCAGACCUGAAGGGCACGCUGUAAUUGUUUAGAUACGGGCCACAGAGUACAGGCGAGUCACUAGGAGAUUGGGAAGGAAAUCUUAGCACCACUCCCAAAUUCACAGCUGUAGGCCUCUCAGGCAUUGGGUUUUGUGUUUUGUUUUUUGUUUUUUUUCACUUCAGCUAUAUGGGUUAGUGCGAUGCACAGAAAAACUCCUUGAGCUGUAUGUGUGUGUGUGUGUGUGUGUGUGUGUGCGCGUGUGGUGCAUGUGCACACGUGUAUCUGUAUGUACUGUUAUCUAAGAUGUAUUUAAUACCUUUGGAAAAAUCGAGGGCAAGAUUACCUACUGUCGUUAGGAAGAAAUGUUGCUUGUUAUUAAUACAUGUGUUUAAAUUAUUUUUAUACAGCACUGUUCCUUUUCAUAAUUGCAAUGUUUCCCCCUUACCACAUCUU